AGGGGCAGAAUAGAAAGAAUUUCAAAGAAAAGUGAGAAGUGGUCCUUGAGACAGAGGGGUUUGUAGGAAGGGAAAGCAACAAAACAAGAUGAUGUCACCGAUUGUAGGCGUGUCCCUUCUGGCCCUGGUCCUAUCAGGAGGAGCCUGGGCGUUUGUACCCACCGGGGGCGGAGCCUCGUCUCAUGUCAGCAUGACACAAUCAGCAGUGCUACAGAAGGUCACCGAGGUGUGCCGGGCCAUCGCUCAGUUAGAGGGACAAGACUUCAUCCUCACGGGUAACUCAGCUGAGGAACUUGUCCACGCCUGUCUGGGUCCCAGUGCUAUCGGGGAAGUGUCGGCCGCUAAGUUCAAAUCUGCCCUGAAUGACAUUAAUGAACAGCACCCCCUAGUGGACCGAGACUUUGUGGACAGCCCACAGCAUCACUUCAACUCAGAGCUGUUCGCUCGGGGCCGGAGCCUGAUCACCAGUGGGGUGGCCAGCAUCAAGGCUAAUGUACGCGCUGAGAACUUCCACGCUGCCAGAGAGACUCUGGGGAGGGUGUUGCAUACACUCCAGGACUUCUACAGCCACAGUAACUGGGUAGAUCUGGGCUACACCCAACCAUAUAUCAACUUAUUACGCCCCGACCUCCCACUGGAAAACCUAGCGGAUUUCAAAACUCCAACCUGUAAGGACUGCACCAAUGGUGGGUUCUGUCCCAACUCCCUCUUACCUGACAUCCUCAGAAAGAAGAUUCUCACGUCAGGAUACAUGGGGAUCACCUCCAAAUUUAAGCCUAAUGGGAAGUGUAGUCAUGGAGGUGUUGAAGACCUGACCAGCUUGACGUCUCCUCGUGGGGGCAUCAGCAAGGAUGAGCGUCGCCCCGACAAUGAGGCCCUGCACAACACCGCCGUUACCUUGGCUACCACCGCCAGCCUGCAGCUGUUGGACGACAUCCGGGGUGCCGCCGGUGACAAGGACUUUCUACGCCUUAUGGGCGUAGCACGUUCCUCAGUUGUGGUUUUUGUGAUUGACACCACCGGGAGCAUGAGUAACGACAUAGCUGAAGCCAAGCGAAUGGUCAACGAGAUCAUCGACAGCAAGAAGGGAACACAGGACGAGCCCUCCCAGUACAUCCUGGUGCCCUUCAACGACCCGGAAUUCGGACCCUUGAUAAGAACGACAGACCCUAACGUCAUGAAAGCGGAGAUUGCUAAACUCACCGCCGAUGGAGGUGGAGACCCACCAGAGAUGUGCCUAUCAGGACUGCAGUUGGCGCUGACCGGUGCCCCAGCAUCAUCCCACAUCUACGUUUUCACUGAUGCUGCUGCGAAGGACAUUUCACUAAAGGACACCAUCAGCGCCCUGAUCAGAAGCACCAAGUCAACGGUGUCUUUCUUCAUAACUGAUGGCGGAGCUAGCCGCAGGAGGAGGAGGCGUUCAGUUGAUAUGUUUGACAUCUACAGGGAUCUGGCCCUGGCGUCUGGAGGUCAGGCUAUUCGGGUCAGCAAGGCCAACUUGCCUCAGGCCACUGGUAUUAUUGCUGACUCAUCCACCUCUGCUCUGGUGACAGUGCUACAGCGAGCAAGGAACCCGGGCAAACCUGAGACGUUCUCCUUCCAGCUGGAUGAGUCUCUGACCAACAUCACCAUCUACAUCACUGGAAAUACCCUCGCCUUCACCCUCAAGAACCCGGCAGGCGUCACUCAGACAGAGACCGAGGCCAGCGGGAAACUGGGGACCGUCCAGAAAGUGGGCAACCUCUACCGGAUACGCCUGGCCUCCAACAAACAGACAGGAUUAUGGGAAAUCAACAUGAACUCCAACCAGCCCUACACACUGAAGAUCACGGGUCAGAGUACCAUUGCCUUUAUUUAUGAUUUUGUGGAAUCCUUUGGAGGACCACAUCCAGGAUAUGCCCCGAUAUCUGGACGUCCAGAAUCAGGUGUUCCUGCAAUUCUGUUGGUGUCAGUGUUGGGCAAGAAGGGACCAGCCUCGGUAAAGGUGUCUGAUGUUGUCUUGGUGACAGUGUCAGGAUCAGAGGUCAUUGGUGGGACCUUGGAAGAUGUGGGCAAUGGAGACUUCCUGGUUACUGUAACCAAGGUCCCUGCUGGCGAAUUCGUGGUUCUAGUGAAUGGGACUGACCUGGUGUCCACCACUUUGUUCCAGAGACAGUCCACCACUCAGAUGUCCGUUUCCAGUGUCACCAUCAGGGCUGUGGUGGACAGAACCAUGGAGCCUGGUAAGGCCUUCACUCUUCCAUUCGUUGUCAUGACAAACAGCACAGGAGGCUCUUACAAAAUCAAUGCCAGGAAUGACAAAGACUUCACUAUGAACUACCCCACCAGCGUCAUGGUGGGGACCGGAGGAAACGCCACCGCUAAUCUGACCAUCACAGCGCCCGCCAACACUGAGUCAGGGACGGACAUCACCCUGACCAUCGAGGCCGUGGCCCCGGGAUCUGUUGACUCCAACUACGUGGUCCUGCGCCUCUCUGUCGUCACCAAGGUGACAGAUUUCACUCCUCCUCAGUGUGAGGUGGUCAACGUUUCCACGGUUGACUGUCCGGCCGACCCAGUGUUCUGCAACGCCUCCUUCUGGCAGCUCUCUGCUAACCUGACCGACGGCGUCAACGGCACAGGCAUCGCCACCCUCAAAAGCCGCCAGGGCGUCGGCAGCCUCACCCACACCGACCUGAAGCAGAUGUUUGUCGCAGCGUAUUUCAACGCCUCCUGCUGCUCUCCGAAGGUGGAGCUGGUGGCGGUGGACAACGCCAUGAAUGUCGGCGUCUGUCUGUACUCCAUCGUCCGUUCCUCCGUCCCGCCCUCCCUCACCCUUACUCUGCCGUUAUGGGCGUGUCUUCUAGUCUCCGCCCUCUUCAGUGAACCCUUCAGGGGCCUACUAAUCUGAUCCGAGGGGUCGCGUUCUGCCCGCCAGCCCAACACUGAUUCAUGUGAAAUGUAAUGUUCCAGACGGACUACAUUAUCCUGCGCGUUGCACCAACCAUAGAAACACGGGACACCUCAUCGACAGCAUAAAUAUGUAUCAGAUUAUGCUGUCAUCAAGUCAUCUGGAAAGCUUAAAAAUAAAGACCCAUCCAGGUGUUUUUAGAUCAAUAGAUUUAGAAUCAAUAGAACAUACUCACAAAUCCCAGUCAAUCACGGCAUAUUAAUAGCUACAUCUGGUAGCAUCAUUUGAUGGCCAUUCUACUUUGCCAUGCAAAUGAUGGCAUCAUAAUGCCGUUGCCGUGUUUGCGGUAAAGAGGACAAUGUCACAAUGCAGUGGAAAUGUGUAGGGAAAGACCCUGAAUCUCCUAAUUGCCUGCUAUGAAAAUAUGCCUAAAUUUAGAUUAUUGCUGCUAUGUGUAAAACACUGUAUAUUCAUGUCGCCAUUACCAAUCAAAGGCAUGCUAAAAAGAACAAGCUCAUACAGAUGACAGCUAGUCUUUAGUAACCAGUUCUAAACCUGUUGAUGAUAACCUCUUAAUGUUUUGCUGUGAAAACAGCUAACAGAUUGGGUCUAAUUGUUAUUGCUAGUAUAAAUGUCAACCAAAAAAAGCUCUAUUUUCCUUUUAUGUUGUGAGUAGUGUUGGAUUACAACUAAAUGUAUACAGUUAUAACAAACCAGAUGAGAACUAUGCUAAGCUAAGUAAAGCUAAGCCUUUUGUGCUUGUAAAUGGCAUAAAAACUGUGAAAAUUGAUUAAAUGUCUUGCAUUCUU